AUGAGCGGAUGGCUCGAUCCCGCAUCUCAGCUGGACUUCCUCAUGCCAACAGAGAUAUUCAGUAUCGAAAAUCUAUCCCAAGACAUCCUGGGAGUGGAAUCCUCGCCGCGAAUCAACAACAAUAACAUAUUAGGUUCGCCUGGCGGGAAUUUGACAGUCUGGACUCUUCCUGAGGACUCAGGGUCAACGUUCGAGAUCGAAGAACCAAUGGGAGUGAUGGGGCAGUCAUUUGGCGACUCCGCGAGCCAUCCAAUCUUUCAAUCUCUGAACCCAACGCAGGAAGAACAAUCUCUCGUCCAGGCUCGACACCCAUGCCUUGACCCGCACCGACGCAUGUCCAACACCCCAACCACUCUAUCUGAAUACUUUUUUCGCGAGGUCAUUACUCUUUACUGUUCUUGGGACAGCGAACUGAAUGUCAUGCGCAACAUCAUCGAGAAAAUGUGGCAGUCUUCUGGAGUGCUCUAUCACACAAUCCAGAGCAUGGCUGCAGCAUGCUUGUCAAAGGACUUCCCACACCUGCUACGAGUUGCUCGUGAGGAACGUUCACAAGCACUCCGACUUGUGAGAGAUAGACCUCAAGAGAUGGAGAAGCAGGUAAUGCUGCUUGCAUCCAUGCUUCUUGGCCAUACAUCGAGCUGGCUUAGCCCUCACAACCUUGCAACUGAGAACUUUCGAGCAAGCCAAAGCAUACUGGAUGAGAUCGCCACCGAGAACAGUGACAGCUCGGAAAUGUCCUUCUUCAGAGACACCAUGGACUAUUGGGCCAUGCUUCUGGUCUAUCUCACGGAUAAGAACGAGCUAGGAGGGUACCAUCGAGAGGAGCGGAUUGGCCCACCAAAUGUUACGAAACCAGUCGAACCACAUCCCUACUCUGGCAUCUCGCAAGAUAUGGUUCGCGCACUCACUGAUACAGGGAUACUCAUAUUCCAAUACCGGAAACACAUGUCCACCAUGAAAUUCAUGACUGAAAGCGAUCUUGACGUGUUCAGAACUGCAUUGCGUGAGGGUAGACGGCUGGAACGCACAUUUUUGGCACACCAAGUGCCAAGCGCAGUCCAUACCAAGAACCCUGGCGAUCCAAAGACACCACUGAGACAUUUAGAGCUUAUGGAUGAAGCGUAUCGAUGUACAGGGUUGUUGCAGCUCUACCGCGUCUUUCCCGACCUUUUGAACGAACGGUACUCACCUUGGGACAAGGAUCACAUUUUACGGCCUUUACCAGCACAUCAAGUGCCAACAAAAAAGGAAAGACAGCAGUGGCUAACGCAUUUUGCUCUGUAUAUCCUUGGUAUACUGGAAGACAUUCCGUUUGAGUCAAGGACUCGCAGUGCUCAGCCAUUUGUUAUGGUUGCCAUAUCCGGUGAACUCAGACAGAAUUCUCACGACAUUCAAGGAUCUGAAGUCUCUAUUACAGAUCCCGGGCUUCUGAGCAUUGAUGUUUUGUCCAUUGAAGUAGCCCGUGCUCGGAAAUUUGUUAGUUCUCGGCUGUCAGCAUAUACACACAUCUUGCCCUUACGAAAGAGCCAAAUUAUUUUAGAGCUCAUUAAUCAAGUUUGGUCGGCAAUUGAUGAUGGACAGGAUGAUGCUUACUGGUUGGAUAUUGCUUAUGAGAAGAAUUUGGGCACAAUGAUGGGGUAG